AUGGCAGCAGCAACCUGUCAGGCGGACUCACCCCAGUUCACCACCACUUUCUCCAGCGAACAACCCGCAAUCACGGAACGAAAAGGGUCGCGAGACUACUCUCACACCGACGAAUGGGACGCCUCCAAAACACCUCCCUCGCGCUUCCAAAAGCGCAAAGGCAGCAUCUACGCCACCCCGUCGUCCCGCGACGGCCACGUAGAGCGCAACCGCGACGCGGUCGAGGAGUUCCACAAGGCGCACUCGAAGCGCUGGUCCAUGAGCAGUACCGGGUCGAGCCGUCGCGGCAGUCUGCCCGGCAACAGCAGUAACAGCAGUAACAAUAACAACACCAAUAACACUACCACUACCACUACCGCCACAUCUACGAGCGACCAGCGCCGCAAAGCUAGCCAAUAG